AUGGCAUCGGCAGAGGGUUACGCAUUCAUCGGCCUUGGAGCCAUGGGUUAUGCGAUGGCAGCCAAUAUUCGAAAAAAGAUAAAUCAGUCUUCAACCCUCUAUAUCAACGAUAUAAACGCUUCGGCUUGCUCCCGCUUCAAAGACCAAUACUCGUCGUACGGUCCUAUAGAAAUUGUCACCACAGCACGCGAAGCAGCUGAAAAUGCAAAAGUACUGAUAUCGAUCGUACCAGGGGGAGACGAUGUAAGGAAGGUAUAUCUAGACGAAGCGGAUGGAGUUGUAGCAGCAAAGAGAGACGACGAAAGGAUAAUGCUAGAAUGCAGCACAAUUGACGUGAACACAACGAAAGAAGUAGGCAAAAAGUUGCAAGAAGCGGGAAUAGGAAUAUACAUUGAUGCACCCGUCUCCGGCGGCGUACCAGCAGCAGAGGCAGGUACAUUAGCAAUGUUGAUCGGCCACCCAUCGCCACCACAAACACCGACUUCUUCAGCCUCUCCCGACUCCCGGCUCCUGAUAACCGUCUCCAUGCUCGGCCCACAAUCAAAAGCAUUUUACCUUGAUACCCUCGGCGCUGGUCUAACCGCAAAGAUAUGUAACAACUACCUCUCCGGCACGGUCCUCCUCGCCACCGCCGAAGCCCUCGCGAUUGGCGUAUCCCACGGUCUUGAUCCGGCUGCCUUGUACUCUGUGAUCAAAAACAGUACUGGCCAGUCUUGGAUGUGCGACCAUGUCAUGCCCAUUCCCAAUGUACAAACUGAGUAUUGGGUGCCUAGUAACACUGGGUAUAGACCAGGAUUCAAGACGCAAAUGAUGCUCAAGGAUCUGGGAUUGGGUAUUGAGAGCGCAAAUCAGGUUGGUAUCAGACCUAGUAUGGCAGAGCAGGCGUUGCAGGUUUGGGAAGGAGCAGCGAGGGACGAGAGGUGUAUAGAUAGAGACGGUAGUAGCAUUUAUUUGCAUAUUGGGGGUGUUUUGCCGAAGGGAUAUGAAGACACGGGGAAGAAGAAGGAGGAAGGAUCGUGGGAGUUCACAGGUUGA